UGUUACCAUCUGCGGAUGAUCGAGGUGCAACGCAAGAAAUGCCUAGAGGAAGCCCGGCUGGAGAAUGACACAGCAGGCUGCAGCAAGAUGUGGGACAACCUCACCUGCUGGCCAGCCACUCCUCCAGGCCAGGUAGUCGUCUUGGCCUGUCCCCUCAUCUUUAACCUCCUUUCCUCAACUCAAGGCCUCAACGUGAGCCGUGGCUGCACCACCGAGGGCUGGACACACCUGGAGCCUGGCCCCUACCCUGUUGCCUGUGGCUGGGAUGACAAGGCAUCAGAUUUGGACCAGCAGCGGUCAAUGUUCUACAGCUCCGUGAAGACCGGCUACACCAUUGGCUACAGCCUGUCCCUCGCUGCCCUUCUCAUUGCCACAGCCAUCUUGAGCCUGUUCAGGAAGCUCCACUGCACACGGAACUACAUCCACGUGCACCUCUUCAUAUCCUUCAUCCUGAGGGCCGCCUCUGUCUUCAUCAAAGACCUGACCCUCUUCGACAGCGAGGAGCUGGACCAUUGCACCAAGGGCUCGGUGAGCUGUAAGGCAGCCAUGGUCUUAUUCCAAUACUGUGUCAUGGCCAACUUCUUCUGGCUGCUGGUGGAAGGCCUCUACCUGCACACCCUGCUUGCCGUCUCCUUCUUCUCUGAGCGGAAGUACUUCUGGGGGUACAUACUCAUCGGCUGGGGGGUGCCCAGCACAUUCACCAUUGUGUGGACCGUCAUCACAAUCCAUUUUGAAGAUUUUGGAUGCUGGGAUACCAUCAACUCCUCAUUCUGGUGGAUCAUAAAGGCCCCCAUCCUCACCUCCAUCUUGGUGAACUUUAUCCUAUUUAUUCUCAUCAUCCGAAUUCUGGUACAGAAACUUCGGUCCCCAGACGUUGGGAAGAGUGACAGCAGCCCAUACUCGAGGCUGGCCAAGUCCACCCUUCUGCUGAUCCCCCUGUUUGGAGUGCAUUACUUCGUGUUCGCCUUCUUUCCCCACAACUUUAAAGCUGAAGUGAAAAUGGUCUUUGAGCUCGUCGUGGGGUCUUUCCAGGGUUUUGUGGUGGCCAUCCUCUACUGCUUCCUCAAUGGCGAGGUGCAGGCGGAGCUGCGGCGGAAGUGGCGGCGCUGGCACCUGAAAGGCAUCUUGGGCUCAAGCCUCAAAUACCAGCACCCCUCAGGAGGCAGCAACGGCGCCACGUGCAGUACGCAGGUGUCCAUGCUGACCCGCGUCAGCCCCGGCGCGCGCCGUUCCUCCAGCUUCCAGGCCGAAGUUUCCCUGGUCUGACCGCCAGGCGCCCGGGGGCGCAGGGCUGGCCCCU